AUGUCAGAUCAAGCAAUCGUUCCAUCUAGUUACAGUUAUCAUCUCCGUCCAGCUGGAUCCGAAAUAACCGGCUCGCAACACAAAGCCGUAUCAACAGAGGCUUGCGAUGCCAUCUGGUAUCACUGUGGCGGUGAUCUGUUCCCUGAUGAACCACCUGAGGGUUGGGAUACGGGCAGAAAUGGGAUUUGCUCAGGACAACCAAAAGCCAACAUUCUCCCCCCUGAGGACUUGCUUGACAGUAAGGGUUUGUGCAGUGGCAUGAGUGGCAUGAACCAGAUGACCAAAUUGGAAGGCUCGCAGCAAUAUGAUGCAGCAUCGCGCCAGACAAGACUCAGGGCAGCACACUGA